AAGACUGUUUGUAGAAAUGCGUUGGUCUUGAGUAGAAAUUUCACCAGCACCAACCAAACUCGAGGCUCUGAGGAUGAUUUAGGUUAAUUUUUGCCCACUUUCUGCCUGUUAAAUUGUGUCUUUCUUUUGCACCUUUACACUAAACGCAUGGCAUGGUAUUUUUCAUGUUUCAGGUAUAAAAACUUCACUGUUUUAGCUUUACUAUUUAUACACACCAAUAAUACAGUCUAUUUAAAUGUAAAGUGACUUAAUACAAACUUCUUUUUGGUCCUUUUUCAUUGCACUACAAACUUCUUAAGCCCGACAUCCUUGCAAGAUGCUAUUGUUAUGAAGUGUCAAUUCAUGUAAAUCUCAUUCAAAUACUGUCUUUGACCAUGUCAGCUGAUCGUAAAUAACUCUUAAAUUAAAUCAGAAGUUUCAGGGAGGAGACACUGACUGCCAGAUUGACAUGGAAAUUCAAAUGAGAAAAUAGAAGACAGGAAGGAGAGUGACACAAAGAGGAAAUACUCCUGAUGGUAUCAUCUGCAUUUUUUGCAGGUUUGACUUUAUUAGUUUGAUAGAAACAACAGUGGAAUUUAAACAGAAGAACAAGUAAGCAAAGGACUGAGGGUGUGAGCUUGGACUUCAAGGAGAAACUGAUUGUAGGAAAGAGGUGGUGGACGUACUGGAUCAGUAGGAAAGAGGUGGUGGACGAACUGGAUCAUUAGCUCUCGUUAGGUUGAUGAGGAAGUUGUGACGUCCAGACACAAGACUUUUGCAAUAGUUAGGUGAAAACAAUUUGAGGUACUUCUUACCAGACGCAUCAUGUUUCGUUUCCAACUUCUGAUUGCAGUCCUGAGUUGUCUACCUUUGGCGGCCCCUCUGCGCUGUUUCACCUGCGUAUUCCCAGCCAUCUCUCCUCUGGACUGCUUAGAGUUUCCUCAGGAGUGUCCAGCUGGUCAGCGAUGCCUGUCCAGCACUGCGACAGGAAGCCGGGGCUCGCUUCAACUGACCAUGUAUGAGAAGAGCUGUGCCAUCCCAUCCCAGUGUGGCGUGAGUGGACAGAAAUACACCUCAGGGCUCUACUUCAACUACACCAACAUCUGCUGCGAUACAGACCUGUGCAACGGCGCCGUGUCCGUCGCCGCCCUCAGCUGGGGAGGAGUCGCCCUCUGCCUGCUGCCUGCACUCUCGGCCCUGCUGGCCUGAGCAUUAGAGGACGUGACGAGAUAGAGGUGUAGAUGUAUAACAAACACAUAAGUGACCUUGUAAGCCGGCAGAGUUUUAAUAUUCUUGUUUUUAAUAAAGAAUUAUCAGGGAUGAUACAGUAUGAGUGAUGCACUGAUAUGGUAUGAUAUGCCCAUAUCAUCUGACAUUUUCCCAUCUGUGGUCUCCAAUUAUGUUCUUGAAAAAAGCCAAUAACCAUACAUAUAUAAUUAAUAAAUAAUUUCAUAUUAAUAUAUAAUUCUAAUCACAUCACAAUGAUCUAUUAUCAUUAUUUGAGCAAUCUAAAGACAAUGUCCAUUUUGAAUUAAUUUGUUUCAUAGUUCAUCCUUCACUUUGGAGUUGACAGAACAUCCUUUAGAUCCACUGUGUGGCUGUAAUGGCGCUUUUGAUAUUCAUCUCACCCAUAUUUUUUUUUUUAAAUGUUCAAAACAAAUUGAAAAUGUGGAAAAUUGAGCACCCAUUUGUUCAUGUCAAAUAGCCGAAAGCUCCAGAGGAGAUGCUGUUUUGUUAACGACUUUGCACCGUUAUUUUUGGACAAUACCCUUCGCCUGGCCACGUAUCAGAGCAUCUCUAAAUGAUAUUAAUGAUAACCUAAUAGCGCUUAGAAAACUUAAUAAACUCAGUUGAAGACUUCAGUAGUAGUAGUUUACUGCCUUCCUAAUAUUAUGCUUCUUCUUUGUAUUUUUACUAUGUGUCUUUGUGAUUUAUGUACAUGUAUGUAUUUUUUUAAAAAAACUGCUGUACUAAACAUGUUUUUGCUACUGCUGUCUGGACAAACUACACUAUGCUUUGUCUAUGCUUUCCUAAACGAGAAAUUUUGUUGUUUGCACCUUUUUAGACGCCUUCUGUUACCCUCAACAACAGUUGAAAAAGUGAAUAAAAACACAU